AUUCCGGCUACGGGAGGUCCAAUAGGCAACUACUUGAAACUUUACGAACAACACUACUCAAAGCAAGCCGUUUGUUUCAUACACCUAACGUUUAUCUUCUACUGCUUAUGCUCAUAUCCGAUAUACUUGAUGCCAUUAUGUGAUAACUUGGAGAUGGUGUACAUAACCAAGACACAAAAGCCUUGCUCCUUCUUUGUCCGGAUGAUGUUAUUGGGUUCGGUUGGUUUCUUUGUAGCCGUUGGAUUCUCGUUCUUGACAUAUCUUGCUGUUCUUAUCGGAGCAGUAGGCUUGCUUGUUACGUCUACGUACCCGUGUUUCAUGUGGGUAUCUAUCAAAAAGCCCCAGAGGAAAAGCUUGAUGUGGUUGCUUAACGUUUUGGUGGGAAGUUUAGGCGCGUCUCUCAGCGUUUUGCUUGUGGUUGGCUCGGCUUUGAGAUUGGCUGAUAACGGUUUACAUGCAAACUUCUUUAAACCCUAG